CUCGACAGCUGUUUGCUUACCUGUGUGGGUGUGUGCUGCCUGUGUGCGUGUGUGUAUGUGCGUGUGGAUUUAUUCAUAGCGAAGACCCCAAAAGGAAAAUCAGAAGUUUCGGGGGAUAUACGGAUUUUACAUAAGUGUGUGUGUGAAUGAAAAACCAGCUACUGUGAAAAUAUAACCAAAAAUAAGGCCGAAUUCCCGUUGGCUUCCUCGCCAGAAUCCUGACAGAGAGAGCAUUGCAGGCGCCCAGUCCCAGUCCCCCAGCAGGUUCAGCUCCAGGCUAGGAUGGCGGAUGCCCAGGCAGCGGCACCAGCAGCAGCACCAGCAGGAGCCGGCAAGAAAAAGUGCAAGAACAAAAAGAAGGCGGAGAAGCCAGGCCCAGGUCCAUGUCCAGGUAAAGAGGAGAAACAGGAGGAACAGCCAGUCAGCAAUGGGCGGGCGAGCGAUAGCCACAAGUCGGUGCAAGAGCUGCAGGGCCUGCUGGAGCAGCUGCAGCUAUGCACUGGACGCGGUUUCCCGCAGGAGAAAACGGCUGCCUACUCGUCAGAGGAAACGCCUGGCUUCUAUCUGGAGGCCGCCGUCCACAAUGGCCAUGCACACGGUCACAGCAACGGCAACAACAACCACAUACGAAGCAGCAACAACAACAUAAGCAGCGGGUCCGCCAGCCACAAAAACAACGUGGACAGCAGCAACAACAACAACAGCAGCCACAGCAAGCGUAUAAAGGAUGAUUCACAGAUGAAGGAAAAGAAGAAGGAUGAGGUGGAGGUGGAGAACGAGAAGGAUGCAAAGGAGGAGUCCAUAACAGCCACAAUCAAAAGCACUGCCAACACAACAACACAAACAGCCAACAGGGCAAGCUCCAACACAUUAACAACAUCAGGAGCUGGAGAAGGAGAUGCUGCCAAAGGUGGUGCUGCGACGGGGAGCAUCAUUGGCCAGGAGGAGCUGCCCUCCACUUCGGCAGAGGCUGUCACAGCGGCGGCUGCUGCUGCAGCUGCCAGUAUCCCAGCGGAACCCGAGGAGUUGCUAUCACCACUACCUAACAUUUCAGCGGACGAGAUUGUGUACAAGGAGUACGAGGCCGAGCACCAAAUGCAUGACAUCAUGCGACUGAUCCAGGCGGAACUAUCCGAACCGUACUCGAUAUACACGUACCGGUACUUCAUCUACAAUUGGCCAAAACUCUGCUUCCUCGCCUCGCACGACAAUCAGUACGUGGGCGCCAUCGUGUGCAAGCUGGACAUGCACAUGAAUGUGCGGCGCGGCUAUAUAGCCAUGCUGGCGGUGCGAAAGGAGUACCGCAAGCUCAAGAUAGGUACCACCCUGGUAACCAAGGCCAUAGAGGCCAUGUUGGCUGACAAUGCCGACGAGGUGGUGCUGGAAACAGAGAUGCGAAACGAGCCGGCGCUGCGGCUGUACGAGAACCUGGGCUUUGUUCGUGAUAAGCGGCUGUUUCGCUACUAUCUGAAUGGCGUGGACGCGCUGCGGCUGAAGCUUUGGUUCAGAUGAGUGGCGCCGGCGGCUGCCGUUGAAAUUGUUGUCUAAAGUAGCCGCCGAAGAUGUGUGGAGCAGGUGGAUUGUGCGACUCCAGCGGCGCCCUCUUUUUUGUACCUAUUCAACUAGGAAACAUCGUAGCACCAGCUUCUGUUCUUUUUUUUUUCAUUCCCCCCUCUGCCCUUUCCAACGAGACCCUCAAUUCCCCCAGAUCCUUGUUUAUCCCGUCUAUCUUUAAAAUGUAUAUUAUUUUAUUAUAGAUCAGAUAAUCAAAUUACAAAAGUGGAACGGUUGCAAAGAAGCAGACAUAAAACGGACCCAAAAUUUGAUUAAUUUUACAGAAGGCAAUUUUGUAUGCAAUACGUGAUUUACAUGCAUAAAAUUAACACAUUAAAAUCGUAAGCGAGCAAUUAGUUAUGUACAUUAAACAAUCUUUACAAAAUCAAUCUAGAGAAUAGACCUACAAGAAACAACAAACAAGAAGCAGCACCAGCACACGCCAUCGAACAUACACCCCACACACUCAUCAUCAACACACACACUUUCAGAGCUAGAAAACAUUAAAAUAAUCAAAUUUUGUAAAAAGAUUGAACAAAACUGAACAUUUAACGAUCGUAAUGCGAAUGUAUAUCAGGAAUGAACACAGAUUGGAACAAAAAUGAGUUAAGAACAGAAACAAAUUCGACACACACAACACAACAAAAGCAUAUUGUAGCGUUAUAUACAUAUAUAUACCUGUAUAGGGUUAAAUAGGGAUAUGUAUCGACUCGCCAUCAGGUCUUCUAUGACUAUGACACACGUCCCCUUGCGCACAUGCGCACAGCUCUGUGUCCUCCAAUGUUGUUAUCGCUGGAGGAUCGGGGCACAAAUACAGAUAUAGAAACAGAUACAGAUGACAGAUUACAGAUUAUGGAUUACAGCUUAAGAUAAGGAAGAGGAUGUGGUGAAUCCCGAGUAACAUUGAAAGAACGCAAUAAAAACUUCAAUUACAAAA